CGGUGUCCGCCGGCCGCCGACGCGCUGUGACAGCGGCACCGGGACGCCAGGGGGAGCGGCGGCGGCUCUGUGGCACCGGGACACCGGGACCGGGACGCGGUGAUGGCGGCGGGCGGGGAGCGGCCCGCGGGCCGAAUGAGCGCCGAGGUGACCGACUCCAACCCGUACAGCCGGCUGAUGGCGCUGAAGCGGAUGGGCAUUGUGGAGGAUUAUGAGAGGAUCCGGCAGUUUGCCGUGGCCGUGGUGGGCGUUGGCGGAGUGGGCAGCGUGGCGGCGGAAAUGCUGACAAGGUGCGGCAUCGGUAAGCUGCUGCUGUUUGAUUACGACAGAGUGGAGCUGGCCAACAUGAACCGCCUCUUCUUCCAGCCGCACCAGGCCGGGCUCAGCAAGGUGGAGGCAGCCAAGGGCACGCUGAGGAACAUUAACCCUGAUGUGGAGUUUGAAGUUCACAACUACAAUAUCACGACACUGGACAACUUCCAGCACUUCAUGGACCGAAUCAGGGGCGGUGGGUUAAUCGAGGGGAAGGCCGUGGACCUCGUGCUCAGCUGCGUGGACAACUUCGAAGCACGGAUGGCCAUUAACGCGGCCUGCAAUGAGCUUCCCCAGGUGUGGAUGGAGUCCGGAGUGAGUGAGAACGCCGUCUCAGGACAUAUCCAGCUCAUUAUUCCCGGAGAAACCGCCUGCUUCGCGUGUGCACCCCCCCUGGUGGUGGCGGCCAACAUUGACGAGAGGACCUUGAAGCGAGAGGGGGUGUGCGCUGCCAGCCUGCCCACGACCAUGGCCAUCGUGGCCGGCCUCCUGGUACAGAACGUCCUCAAGUAUCUGUUGGGCUUUGGCUCGGUGAGUUACUACCUGGGGUACAACGCCAUGCAGGACUUCUUCCCCACCAUGAGGCUGAAGCCAAACCUGCAAUGUGACGACAGGAGCUGCUGUCUCCAACAGGAGCAGUACAAGAAAAGAGAAGCGGAACGACCAAAGACAGAAACAGUGGAGGAAAAGGAGGAGGAAGAGAUGAAACAUGAAGACAAUGACUGGGGUAUUGAGCUGGUCUCGGAGAUCUCUGAAGAGGAAUUGAAGGCAGCUUCGGGAAGUGUCCCGGAUUUACCGCAGGGAAUUACCGUGGCUUACACCGUGCCCAAUCAACAGACCCCGCCGGACAAUGCCGAAGUUGUAGGAGACACGGGGCAGAGUCUGGAGGAGCUCAUGGCCGCCAUGAAGAGUCUAUGACCAUCGACCGCCCACCACAGCCGCCACCCUGGGUUAGAUGUGGUGACCCCCCCAGACCCUGGGGUGGUGCCUCUGGGCUCUGGCAUGGACAGCCAGCCACGCGGGGCAGUGGCAUCUAAACCCUGCUCACUCUCUCUCUCUCUCUCCCCCCCGCUCUGUGUCCAUCACCUUUACGGUCAGAGAUGCCUGAACAUCUCUUCUUUGCAUUCCCCGAGCGGCCGCUACGAUUGUAAACGCUACCGCUCUGCCCAAUUAAACUGUGCUAACUUAAAUCCA